AUGCCACAUUCAAUUACGCCAGAGUCUACGCCUGCAGAGGAGUCCUCAGCGACGCCGUCCCAAGGCGACGCUAUUAAAAUAGAACCGGAGACGCAAGAUGUCGCAAUGGACGACGCACCCACGCCUGCCGCGGCAGACAAGUCCAAAGCAAGCCUCGAAGAGCUCUUCGACGAUGAAGAUUCAGACGAAGAAUUUGCUUCGAGUGCGCCGGCACCUACGUCGCAAGAGGAUGCCUCACAACCCGCACCAAUCAAGAUCACAUCCAAAUCAUCUUUCUCCGAUCCAGACGUCAUGCGUGCCUUCUACCAACGCCUGUUCCCUUUCCGCCCUCUCUUCCAAUGGCUGAACCAUUCCGCAACACCUACCAAUGACUUUGCACACCGCGAAUUCGCCUUCACCCUACCCAACGACGCAUACCUACGAUACCAAUCGUUCCCAACAGCCGAUCUACUACGGAAGCAAUGCAUAAACAUGCUGCCCUCGCGUUUCGAAAUCGGUCCCAUGUAUAGCACGAACCCGCGAGACAGGAAGACACUGCGGAAAGCGAGCUCAUUCCGCCCGUUAAUGAAAGAGUUGGUGUUCGAUAUCGAUAUGACGGAUUACGAUGAUAUCAGGACAUGUUGCACGGGUGCGAACAUCUGUCUGAAGUGCUGGGGCUUCAUCACAAUGGCCAUCAAGACCAUCGACGUUGCUCUACGGGAAGACUUUGGGUUCAAACACAUUCUCUGGGUGUAUUCCGGUCGUCGAGGAGCCCACGCCUGGGUCUGCGACAGGCGCGCACGAGAAAUGGACGACCAGAAGCGCCGCUCAGUGGCCAGCUAUCUCGAGUUGCUCAAGGGAGGAGAUCAAGGCGGCAAAAGAGUACAUGCAUGGCGACCACUACACCCCCAUCUUGAGCGUAGUCUGGACAUCCUGAAAGAACACUUCCAAACCACCAUUCUUGCUGAACAAGAUCCGUGGGCAACAGAAGAAAAGGCCGCACACCUUCUCAACCUCAUCCCAGACCCUACCCUGAAGGCUGCAUUGCAGAAGAAGUGGGACUCUGCGCCCUCCCGCCCCAGCGCAUCGAAAUGGGCCGACAUCGACGCGUUGGCAAAAUCCGGUGCCUUGUCAAAGUCACCCAAGGACCUUCGCGAAGCCAAACAAGACAUCAUCUUAGAAUACACAUACCCCCGUCUCGAUGCCGAAGUCUCCAAGAAGCUAAACCAUUUGCUCAAAUCCCCAUUCGUAAUCCAUCCUGGAACAGGUCGUGUCUGUGUCCCGAUCGACACGACGAAGGUGGAAGAAUUCGAUCCGUUGAGUGUACCUACAGUCACCCAAUUGCUUCAGGAAAUCGAUGAUUGGUCAGGCGAAGAAACGGAUAAGAAGAUGCAGGAUUGGGAGAAGACAAGCCUGAAGCCAUAUGUAGAUUACUUCCGGCGGUUCGUUGCUGGCUUGGUGGAUGAGGAAAAACCAGCGCUCAAGAGGGAGAGGGAGGAGGGUGCUGAUGCCAUGGAAUUCUGA